AUGAAGACCCUUCUCCUGCUAGUUUUGGUUGGCUGUGUGCUAACUGUAGCACUAGCCUUUCCAUCCGGGGAACUUCUUCGCACAAAGAUUCAAGACAGUGGAGAGCUCGAUAAAGCAGAAAGGUUAGUCACAUGUACAAAGAGUUAAUGUAGUUUUAUGGCAUAUCAUUUUUGGGAGGGGUUAUACUGAAACACGCAGUGGAACUUCUAUUAUUUAAUCUGCUGCGUAUGUUAAAUGAUCAGGUUUUUCUCCCAUAAUUAAAGCUUAACUACAUAGGUUGAGACUUUGAAACGUAAUUUGUCUCACUGGAACUAAAAAAUUGGCCCUUCUUAAAUAUAGCACUAUGACCCAACAUUAAAAUUAACACCAUUUAAAAAUACUUAUUUUUCUUCAGUGAACUCCUCUUGGGCACAAAAAAUGUAGCGGGCAGAAUUGACGCGGAUAACACUGAUACAGAAGAAAGUGACAGUGAUGAUAAAUAUGGUGAUGCUGAAUUGAACAGGUAUGCUUAGUACGAUUGAAUUAGAUGAAAUUAUACUUCUAUUAAAAACACUGUUUACUCCAAAGUUCAUUUUUUCCCUAACUCAUAGUUUCAUUAAAAUGUGUAAAGUAUCAAAUGAAUAACAGAACAGAAUAACAUUUGUGGCAGUAAUAGUGAAAUUGCACUUGUGAAGGUAUAUAGCUUAUUCCUGUUCUAAGUAAAAGAAACGCGAAAUUGAAUGGUAAUUUUGGGAUUAUUGUUCGCAACUCAAAUUGACCAUUUUUUUGUUUUUUUGUUUGUUUGGUGAUCACUUUACAGUACGCUUGAUCUUGAUAAACAUUGCUCAUCCUGUGUGGGACAAUUUUCACAUAUAAACGUAGUAUACACGUUUGGCCUUGCUACUAUGAGGCUCUCUGUAUCNAAGAAAGUGACAGUGAUGAUAAAUAUGGUGAUGCUGAAUUGAACAGGUAUGCUUAGUACGAUUGAAUUAGAUGAAAUUAUACUUCUAUUAAAAACACUGUUUACUCCAAAGUUCAUUUUUUCCCUAACUCAUAGUUUCAUUAAAAUGUGUAAAGUAUCAAAUGAAUAACAGAACAGAAUAACAUUUGUGGCAGUAAUAGUGAAAUUGCACUUGUGAAGGUAUAUAGCUUAUUCCUGUUCUAAGUAAAAGAAACGCGAAAUUGAAUGGUAAUUUUGGGAUUAUUGUUCGCAACUCAAAUUGACCAUUUUUUUGUUUUUUUGUUUGUUUGGUGAUCACUUUACAGUACGCUUGAUCUUGAUAAACAUUGCUCAUCCUGUGUGGGACAAUUUUCACAUAUAAACGUAGUAUACACGUUUGGCCUUGCUACUAUGAGGCUCUCUGUAUCACAAUAGAUAGAGCAACCACCUAGUGUUACUUAAAGAGGUCAUGGACUUCAAAUUCCUGUCAGGGACUCAAGAUUUUUUCUUUGUCCCACGCUCGUCAAUAGAUUUUCGUAAAGGCCGACUUAAGUGAAAACAUAGCAGUAAAAAAAAAAUGUGUGCUAAUAUUGAAACAAUCAUUCGUGCACUACCAUUCACUGAGUCAGUGUGAAUUUUGUGUCUUUUAACGUAGGCUCGGAACCCUGUAGGGGACUCGUUAAUAAUUUUUUUUUUUUUUUUGUGACGGGCUCGGUAACUCGCAUACAAUGGAGUGACUUAACUGAAAACAUCGCAGUAAAAGGGGACAAAAUUAUGCAGUGAAUCGCAAAUUGCCUACGGUAGGUGGCGUAAAAUAUUUGUCAAAUGUUUCAAACAUCUUGUUACUGAGCCUCUGAAAAGAAGACAAGAAUAAUGUUUUUGUUUUAGUAAAUCAGAAAAUCGUUUGGAAGACGAUGGCAGCGAAGAAGACGAGCAAAGCGAUUUGUUUGAUGACGACAACGAUGAUUAUGAUGAUGAUGAAGAGGAAAGGUAA